AGACGACGUGCUUUACAUAACGUUAUCUGGGCGUGUGUACUUAUACGACGUCGAGUAUUUUUGAAGCCCUGCCUAAUGCUGUGACUUUUUCAGAGUAUUUGAGAGUGUUAGAAGAUAGAAAGUCAUACAAGUUUGGACUAACAAGAGGAUGCUCAGCACUGGCGACACUGUAAGUAAAUGGAAGGCUAUGGCGCAUCCAUCUUUACCCUCCUCUUUGGACUCCACGUUGCCUGGAAUAUGUCGGGAUGUGCUGUCGGUGUCCAUGGAAUCAAAAUACCAAUGUCAGCAGUGUAAAGAGAUCCUGCGGAAACCGUACCAAGCACAGUGUGGACAUCGCUUCUGCGUUUUCUGUUUCAAACAACUCACCAGUACAGGGCCGACACCCUGUGAAGCCUGCCGUGCCGAGGGUAUUUUUGAGGAGUCAACUUCCAUGCUUGAUAUAACAGUGGCAUUUCCUGACAACGCAGCACGAAGAGAAAUUGAUAGCUUGCCCGCAAAAUGCCCGAAUGAAGGGUGUAGUUGGAAUGGACUGCUGAAAGACUAUGAGGGUCAGCAUGAAGGUCGCUGUGAGUUUGAGCGUGUUAAAUGUGAAGCAUGUCAAGCACUCAUCUUGCUCAGCGAGAAAGACCGUCAUAAUGAACGUGAAUGUGAGGCCAGAACGCUCAACUGCAAAUAUUGCAAAGUCACAUUCAACUUCAAAGAAAUUAAGGCACAUGAUGAAAUUUGUCAGAAGUUUCCUAUGCAGUGUAAAGAUUGUGGCAAAAAGAAAAUUCCCAGAGAAAAGUUUCAAGAGCACAUCAAGUCCUGUGCAAAGUCCAAGUCAGCAUGUCAGUUCAGUGAGAUUGGAUGCAGAGCAGUGUUGGACAAUGGCAAGCAGCAGGAACAUGAGCAGAUGAGCGUCAUAGAGCACCUGCGUCUCAUGUUGGGGGUUUUGUCCACUGUGCGGCUGCGUCCUGAAACAGGCGGAGAAUGGCAGGAAGACUCUGGGCUGGGAUUAUAUCGAGGACCCGAAGACGCACCCCUGGUGGGAGCUCACGCCGCAGCGCAUAAUGUGGGACGAGGAGGCAGCCCGAGCGUGCAGCACAAAGUCACAGCAUUGGAGAACAUAGUAUGCGUUCUGAAUCGAGAGGUGGAGCGCGCGGCCCUCACACUGGAGGCGCUGUCACGGCAACAUCGAAUAGAUCAGGACAAGAUCGAAAACUUGUCGACUAAGGUUAGACAGCUGGAGCGUACUUUAACUAUGCGAGAUCUGCAGUUAGCAGAAUCCGAGCAGUCUCUGCGGGAGAUGCAGUUCUGCACUUACGAUGGAGUUUUCAUAUGGAAAAUAGCAGACUUCUCUCGCCGCAGACAAGACGCUGUGGGGGGCCGAGCACCUGCUAUGUUCUCACCAGCAUUCUACUCCAGUAAAUAUGGCUAUAAGAUGUGUCUGAGACUCUAUCUGAAUGGUGAUGGCACUGGCAGAGGCACUCAUCUCUCUCUCUUCUUCGUGGUCAUGAGAGGCAAAUAUGACGCCCUGCUGAAGUGGCCCUUCAGCCAGAAGGUGACAUUAAUGCUUUUGGACCAGAACAACAGAGAGCACAUCAUCGAUGCUUUCAGACCUGACGUGAGUUCCACAUCCUUCCAGAGGCCCAUUAGUGAGAUGAACAUAGCCAGCGGCUGCCCUCUCUUUUGCCCCCUCGCCAAGCUAGCAGGCAAAAGCUCUUACCUGAGAGAUGAUACCAUAUUCAUCAAAGCCAUAGUUGAUCUCACCGGCUUGUAAAGAAUUGUAAUAAACUAAGAAUAAUAUUGUCAUCGAUGACAAUAUCUAAUAAUGGCAUAGCUGCGGAAGCUUUUGCAUAUAAGAGUGGAAAACUACAUUUUUAUUAUAAUAAUUAUAUUAUAAAAAUAGCGAUUGUUAUAUUGUGGAUAUGUUCCACAACCAUAACUAUAGAAUUUUAAUAGUAUUGUAUAGAACUAAAUUAAAACUGCAUUUAUAGAUGUAUUUACUAAUAUAUAAUAUAAGCUGCUAAACUAUAACUAAAACACUUGCCAGUGUUUAUAAAGUACUUAAAUAUUUAUAUGAUUAGUAUUGUUAUUCUAAGUUUAGUUUUUCAUCUUAGGUAUAUAUGCGUCCUGGCUUAUCUUUCCAACAUAUUUAGAAACUAGCUAUAUAACUGAACAUCAGUUUUUGCUAAUUGUUUAGCAAGUGCUAUAUUUAGCUCAUAGAAAUGAAUUAUUUGGUUGCCUUUAUAGACCAUUAUGUAACAUAUAAACAAUGCAUUAAUAUUUGAUAAAUUUACACCAGUAGCAAUAUUAGUGUACCCAGCUGAUCACGUCUACACAUCCUGACUUACAGCGAUUUCAUUCUCUGCAUGACCCUUUUUAGUUGUUAACAUCAUCUGAGCUUGGGCUUGACUACUUUUUAUUUGGGCUUGAGCAUUAAACAGCUACAAAUAGUGAGAUGUAGAUGUUUAAUCUGGUUCAAACCCUUCUAAAAGGCACCAACCUAAGGUUAGCAUGGGGUGUACGCUGUUUUUUGAGAAAAUCUGCCAUCAUAAUUAAAAACUUUCUGCUGUAAGUUUACAGUAAAAUACUGGCAUUUUUACAGAACUACAGCUGUAAACAACAUUUACAGUACUGGACUAUAAUUUGUGGUCGCUAUGAUUUAUACUAUAAAUACAAAAGUAAAACCAUGGUAAAUUGCGUUAACAUGCAAACCGCUUCUUCUCCACGCUAAUACGUACUGGUUAGUUGACUCGAUUACUACGAGUCGCCCUCUAAUACAGGAGGCAUUAUUAAAACAUCACGAUUGUUAAAUUAAUAUAAACCUACCUUUUUUUAAAUUGUUGAUGCUGCAACCAGACAGACUAUAGUUUUGGAAAUGUUGUCAUUGCAAAAAAACUCACACACAGUAGAUGUCACUGAGAAACUAGCUGAGUUAAAAGUCUGGGAUAAAGAUUAAAAAAGACCCUUCCAGAUCAUCAGGUGCUUGUGACAUCUGUGUCACCACGGGUUCUUACAAUUUUGGUGACAAUUUGAAAAAAUGAAAAAGUUAUGUUUCCUUUUUUGUUUCAUUUAUUAUCGCUUGUAUACAUGGUAGCGCUUUAUUGGUAAAUGCAUUAGCUAACAUGAACCAACAAUGAACAGUAUGGUUUACUGCAUUUAUUGAUCUUUGAUGUUAGUUAAUACAUUGAUUGUUCAUGCAUACAUUUAUUUCAUUAUUCUGUGUUUUAGAAGUAUUUCUCAUUGUUAGUUCAUGUUCACUAAUGUUGACAAACGGAACCUUAUUGUUAAGCAUCAUCAUGUAUAAAUUUAGCUGUCAGUUCAUGGCUUUAGAUUAUAUACAUUAUUAUGUAUGCACGUCCAUGUGAAAAGCACAUAUAUCUUGAUUCAAGUAGUCUAUAUAUAAGUAAUGCUUUUUGAUUAAAUCAUAUAUAUAUAUAUAUAUAUAUAUUCAUUUAUGUUUUAGGCACAUGCUUUUAAUCAAUUAGAUACAUAUAAUACAUAUUACAACAUGAUAUAGCACCAAUACAUUUUAUACGUUUGUGUGCUACCUGGGAUUGUAUCCCAUAACCUUUUGCCCCACCAACGCAAUGCUGUACCAGUGGUGCUUUACAUGAACACAUUAUGGAAUAGUUAUUAAAAAAAAAGUGAAUGUAGAGAUGUUGAUUCAAAUGGUAUGUUAACCUUGGUGGUAAAGCCACGAGGCACUAGCUUUCAUAUAAACAAAUAAAUGUGCUACCUUAUCAUUAAUAUGGGGUUAUUAUGUAUUCUUUGCAUUUGAAUGUGUUGACUGUAGUCCUUGAUAUAAAUAAUGUGCGCAAACUGAUUUUAGGAGGAUCUUCGCUCAUGGGUAAGAACUUUGCCAGACGAUAAUAAACUUUCUUGGAAAAGACAGAAA